AUGUGUGAUGAAUAUGAUUCUAUGACUAAAUCCCAAACUUGGGAUUUGGUACCUAGACCAUCAAAUAUGAAUGUGAUUCGUGGCAUGUGGAUUUUUCAUCACAAGGAAACUGUAUACAUGCAUCAGCCACCUGGAUUUGUUGAUCAGAGUAAACCCAAACAUGUUUGCCUCCUCCGUCGAUCGAUAUAUGGUCUUGAGCAGGUGCCUAGGGCUUGGUACCAAAGAUUUGCUUCUCACAUUAUCUCCAUUGAUUUUGUGAACAGUAAGAGUGACACCUCUCUCUUCAUAUUUCGUCAAGGUACGGCCAUGGCUUAUUUAUUGAUUUAUGUUGAUAACAUUAUUUUGGCUUGCUCAUCUAACUCCUUACAAAAUCGUAUUAUUUCCCUCUUGAGUGCUAAAUUUGCUAUGAAGGAUCUUGGCCCUCUAUCUUCUUUUCUUAGUAUUUUGGUUACUCGCACCAAGGAUAAUAUGUUUCUCUAUCAGCGAAAGUAUGCCCAAGACAUUUUAGCUCGAGCGAAUAUGUCAAGUUGUAACUCUGUUGCUACUCCGGUCGAUACCAAGUCUAAAAUAAGUGCAACUGGUGGUAUGCGCUUAGAGAAUCCGACUCUGUAUCGUCAACUUGCAGGGGCCCUUCAAUACCUCACCUUCACUAGACCGGAUAUCUCAUAUGCAGUUUAG